AUGGAACUAAGCAGACGAAACAGAUCGUUACUUUCUGUGAUCCUGAAUCUGCUGGCUCUAAGCUUCUCCGUGACAGCCUUUUUUACCAGUUACUGGUGCGAAGGGACACACAAAGUGGUGAAGCCACCUUGUCUAUCAGCUGUGAAGAAAAAGAACUGCCAAGUGCUGACAAUAAAUAGCACCACCACAAACAGCGAUGUAACUGAUGUCAAUGGAACGAUGGAUCAGAAUGCUGUUCACUAUAACUGGGAGACAGGAGAUGACAAGUUUGCCUUCAAGUAUUUUCACACCGGUUUUUGGUUCUCUUGUGAAAAACACCUGGGAGAAGAGUCAUGCCGUAGCUUCAUCGAAUUAUCGCCAGAGUCGGAAAAAGGUGUCCUGUGGUUGUCAGUGAUCUCAGAGUUUCUAUACAUUAUCCUGUUAAGUCUUGGCUUUCUACUCAUGUGCUUAGAACUCUUCACCUCCAGUAAUUUCAUAGAUGGCCUCAAGAUUAACGCAUUUGCUGCCGUCAUUACAGUACUGUCAGGUCUUCUUGGCAUGGUCGCCCAUAUGAUGUACAUGACUGUGUUCCAAGUGACUGUGAAUCUUGGUCCCAAGGACUGGAGACCCCAGACAUGGUAUUAUGGCUGGUCUUUUGGUCUGGCUUGCUAUCCUUCACUCUUUGCAUGUCAGCUUCUGUCCUUACACUCAACACUUACACAAAAACGAUCCUGGAGUUCAAAUAUCGGAGAAGAAUCUUUGAGAAAAAUGUGCGAGAAUGCAACCCAUUUCUGGACUCUGAGAUGGUGCGUUUCCUUUGGGAGAAGUACAUCUUCUCUGUCAGCGGCUCGCUCGAAGACCCACUGAAUUGGCACAAGGGAUUUGGAAGUCCUUUCUUUGUGGAUAUUGGCAGCAUCACUGAUUUGCCAGGUACAACGAAGAGCGAGGAAAGAAACAUUGAAGUAGAAGAUGAUGGUGAACAGUGUUAA